CAGCUGCUCCGGGGCUCAGGAACAGCCAUGUCCACGGCGAGGAUCUGCUGCCUGCUGCUGCUCACGCUGGGGGUGCUGGCAGUGGCGGUGACACUCGUGCUCAUCCUGGCUCAGCCCGGCUGCGCUCCGCAGCGCUACCUGCACGGUGCCGUGGCUGCUGACACCGAGAGCUGCUCCCUCAUCGGCCGGGACAUCCUGAAAAGUGGAGGCUCUGCUGUGGAUGCUGCCAUUGCUGGCUUGAUCUGCACUUCAGUGAUGAACCCUCAGAGUUCAGGCCUGGGUGGUGGGGUCAUAUUUACCAUCUAUAAUGCCAGCACAGGAGCAGUCGAGGUGAUCAAUGCCCGUGAGACAGCCCCACGAGUGUUUCCUCACAACUUAUUGUCUGACUGUGGUGCUGGUUUCCCCUUUGGUCCCCGCUGGAUUGGCGUGCCCGGAGAACUCCGUGGGUAUGAGGAAGCCCAUAAGCGACACGGCCGCUUACCAUGGAAAGCCCUGUUUGAACCAACCAUCAAGCUUCUUUCAGAGCCACUGGUCAUUUCCCCAGUUCUGGACAAAAUUCUCCAUCACCCAGCCUUCGCUGGUCUGGGGAAAAGCCUGUGCCCACUGCUAUGUGAUGGUCAAAGAUUUCUGAAGCGUGGCGAUACCUACCGGUGGGAAGCGCUGCAGCAAACACUGCAAACUGUAGCAGAACACGGAGCUGCAGCGUUUUAUGAGGGAGAGAUAGGAAGGGCCCUGGUGGAGGACGUCAGGAAGGCUGGGUCCAGCCUCUCACUGGAAGACCUUCAGGCAUACAAAGCAGAGGUGUCCUCAGCUCUGAACAUCACCCUGAACAACCACACCAAGGUAUUCGCUCCAGGACCACCCAUGGGAGGUGCAGUGCUCAUGUUCAUCCUCAAGGUAUUGGAAGAGUAUAAAUUCCAUAAAGCAUCACUGGCAACACCUGAGGAGGAGGUAGAAACCUAUCACUACAUUGCAGAGGCCCUGAAGUUUGGAAACAUGCUAAGACCCCGCAUGACCGACCCAGCCUUCUCUGAAGCUCAGGUGCCUGUGGGGACCCUGUUGUCUGAGCAGUUUGCAGAGUUUGUGAGGCAGCGGAUAGAUGCCCGUGGUGACCACUCACUCAGCCACUACAACCUGCUGGAGUCCCUCUACAACGACAGAUACAAAAGUAUGGGCACGAGCCACAUCUCUGUGCUCGCUGCAGACGGCAGCGCCGUGUCUGCCACCAGCACCAUCAACUACCUGUUUGGCUCUCUUGUGUAUUCUAACCAAACUGGGAUCAUUUUAAAUAAUGAGCUUGCUGACUUCUGCAUAUCAAACAGAAGCAUUAAAGCAGGAGAGAAGCCUCCUUCAGCAAUGGUGCCUUCCAUCCUCAUCUCCAAGUCAGGAGACAUGCUGGUGAUUGGAGGAGCUGGAGGGGGCUGGAUUGUCAGUGCUACCACCAUGGCGAUUAUAAACAAACUGUGGUUUGGCUACGACUUGGAACAUGCCAUUUCAGCUCCUGUCAUGCAUACCCAGGGUGACAGUGUCCUAUUUGAGGAGUCUUUCAGCAAGGAGGUUAGGACUGGCCUGCUGGGAAGAGGACAUAAAGAAAAGAAAGAUAAAUUUGCAAUGAAUGUUGUACAGGGAAUUUCCAAGGAAGGAAAAUGCAUCUCUGCUUACUCUGAUAAAAGGAAGCUGGGGAAGUCAGCUGGAUAUUAGCGUGAAAUGCCAUCACAAUCCACAAAGCCACAGGAGAUUCAGAACACGCUUUGCUUGGACAUGCCCAUAAUUUCCUGUUCCCAUCAGGAUGUCUCCUGGAGCAUGGGCACAGUCUGUGAUUACAUCUAAUUCCAGUAGACUGCAGGUCAUCCUCAGGCAAUACAAGGACAGGUCAGCUAACCUUGUUUAGAGAUACACCUUUCAUUACUUAUGUGAUACACAGAGAACAUAUUUCUUGAGCACAUCAGUUACUCAGAAUGAGAGAAUACAAAGUGUGAAAGGAAAAUUGGUCCAAACCCCACUGAGAACACUGUGAAAUGGCCCAGCUGUACCUUCCAUUCCUGAUGGAGUCUUUGUUUUCCCUUCUCCUGGGAUGAACAGGCUUCAGCUGAGCUCCCUGGAGGUGCCUCUCCCUGUGGUGAGAUGGCUCCCAGUCUGUGCCAGCUCUCCCUCCUCAACACCAGUACAUCAGUCUUUGGGAAGGCAGGUCAGGAAGGCAUGGAAAAGUUUUUGGAAACUUUAGAACUUUCUUCAAAUUGCAAAGUGCACGUGAUCAGGAGAUGUCAUUUGUAGCCCUGAGCUCAGCCUGACCAGGACACCAGGACUGCUGAGAAGUGAUGCAGCACUCUCAGGUAUUAGCAGAAUUCUCCCAUAUCCUUCAUGCUCCAAAUUCCUGUUUACCACAGCUAGUCUCUAGUGUUCCCUUCAGACCACAAGGAGGGCAUUGUAGGACUCUAAGAACUAUCACAGAAAGAGAAAACUUUUGGAGAAGGAACCUGAACGCAAAAGGUCCUUGAUUUUUCACCUGGAUGCAAAGGGUCUUUUGCAGUUUAUCCAUAAUAACCCUGUUCAAAAUGGCCAAGAGAAUUGAACAUUUAGGAAGGUAAAAUCUAAAACCCCCAAAGCUCUUCAAAUAUGCUGGGUCAAAUUCCCAGAAUCCUCCAAAAUUCCAUUUUCUGAAAGCUUCUGAGCCUGUCUGCCCUAUGGGCACAGUGUUGUGUGUAUGUCUGAAAGAGAAACCAGAACCAGGCACUAGCAGAGCACCCCCUCACACACAGAGCCCACAGGACUUCUAGUUCUCCAACAGAUAGAAUCCCUCUGUAAACAUCAUAACAAGCACACACUAUUAAAAAACACACAUUUAAACAAGGCCAGCUAGAUUUUAUGCCAAUGUUUUUACCCACAAGAUCUGUCCAAUAAAGCCAUCAAUUUACUGAAAUCUCAGCCUUCACUUGAAUUUUAGUGAUGGUCCCAGUGAAGCUGACCAGGGCCAGACGUAUUUUCCUUCAGAAGCUGUACACCAAGGACUGUAGCACAGCCCCUGCUGUAUCAGUGAAUGAUUGCUGAGUUACCAGAUCAUAACCACAAGCCCUUAAUUGUGCAGCUGGAAAUCAAAUUACCAUGGAUUUACUCCAUGCACUGCCCUGCUCCCUUCUUGUCCAAGUGGAGCUCAUCUUAAAGCUCCCAACUCAGGAAGAACUGCUGUUUUCUCCAUCAGAGCUGCUCACUCACACUUUGGAAGUGGCCUGGCACCCUGUGAGGCAGCAUCACAGUGCUGGUGAAUGGGAAAGGAAACAGCCCCACAAGCUGAAGAGGGGUAGUUUUUAUGUUCAUUUGGAAGGGGUUACAUUGAUUAUGACUACCAAAGAAACCAAAUCUAUCUAACUUGCUGAAGUUUUGUCCCUUGAUGAAGUCCCUUAUCCCAGCUAGCAGUUCCUGGGUGCAUGAGUUCUGGUGCCAGAAUGCCACCAGGCAGAGCUGUGCAGGGAAGCACGGCCACACCCCAUCUGCAGCUCCCACCACAGCACCAGGCAUGCAGACCACGCUGAAUGCUGGCUCUGGCAAGAUCCGUGGUUCUUUCCAGCUGACCCCACUGAGCUGAGAGUUUACAAUCAGCAAAUGAGAGUGGCACUGGCUGGAGACAGGGAGAGCACUACUGGCUUCUCUAUUAGGCUUCAGGGCCACCUUCAGCAGUGCUCUGCUCCCUCUCCAUCAUUUCACUACAGAAAACCCAAGUCACCAAGUAACUAAGCCUCCCAUUACCUUUGCUUCUGACACACCUUAGGGUGAAGCACCCUGCAGUACUCCAGCCUCUCACCUUUCCAGUGCAGUAGUAUCACAGCUGCUUCCCACCACAUAGACAUGGGAAUAUUAUCUUUAGUCCAGUACUCACAGCAGUUUAACUGCUUAGUAUUAACUUUGUGAGCCAGUGAAGUGGUUUAAAAACUCAUCAGAGAUUUAAUUUGCAAGACAGAAGGGAAUGGGAGUGCAGAUCUCUCAGUGCAUCAGAGACUUCCAGUCCUGCAGUCCUUCCUAACAGAACACCUGGUGAAGCUGAGAUUGUACCUGCUUUGGCACCUCUGCUCUUGCCGUGCCACCUCCUCACUGCUGAAAUCUGCUUGGGUCAGGAGCCUCUCAGUUUUGUCUCCCCACACUCCUGCUCCUCCCAACAACAGAGCAUUAUUUUUGUACUGAAAUCAACUUACAUGGACUUUUAAAGCGUCAUUGUACAGAGGCUGCUCUAUUUUCUAAUGAAGUCUAAGUUAUACUUUUAAUAAAGUGUUUUUAAACCUG